CUGGAACAGUCGGGAAACUGUUACCGCACAAACGCAGUUGCCUGACCGAUAUCUACAAACGGAACCGUUUCUGCGCAGGCGUAGUUGGCUGGGAUACACACAAACCUACCAAGGUCCAUGUCCCAAAGAUUCUCAUUGCGCAGGCGUUCUUGCCUCCACAAAGGAAAGCGCAGUCAGGAGGACGUCGGGCCGUUGCUGAGCAGGCGCAUUUCUGCUCACGCUCAGUUCCCUAUUAAAGCCGCGAGGUUUUCUGUUGGUCUCCCUCUUUACGUCAUCAACCAAGAUGCCGUCCAGAUUGAGAAAAACCAGGAAGCUAAGGGGACAUGUUAGCCAUGGUCAUGGCCGAAUUGGCAAACAUAGGAAGCAUCCUGGUGGUCGUGGCAAUGCUGGUGGCAUGCACCAUCACAGAAUCAACUUUGAUAAAUAUCAUCCAGGUUACUUUGGAAAAGUUGGCAUGAGACAUUAUCAUCUCAAAAAGAAUCAGUUGUUCUGUCCAACUAUAAAUCUGGAUAAGCUGUGGACACUGGUCAGCGAACAGACCCGAUUAAACUAUGCCAAGAAACCUGAAGGACCAGCACCUAUCAUUGAUGUUGUACAUGCUGGUUACUAUAAAGUUCUAGGCAAAGGCAGGCUGCCUAAGCAACCAGUCAUUGUCAAGGCAAAGUUUUUCAGCCGGAAAGCUGAAGAGAAAAUCAAAGAAGUUGGUGGAGCCUGUGUAUUAAUGGCAUAAGUUUUAUAAUUGGAUGUACUAAUAAAAUACUGUCACUUUUAA